GUGUCACAUGAGAAUACAACCUAGUGAAUGACUUCAUAUUUUUGGUAGUUUUUAGCGAAAUAAUUCUCCAGUUUUACUAGAAAUAAAAGUUUAAUAAUGGCGCUCAAUGAUGCAGAGGUUAAAAAACAGAUUGAGCAUAUGAUGGCUUUUAUCGAACAAGAAGCUAAAGAAAAAGCUGAGGAAAUAGACGCAAAGGCUGAGGAAGAAUUUAACAUCGAGAAAGGCCGACUGGUUCAGCAAGAAAGACUCAAGAUAAUGAAUUACUAUGAACGUAAAGAAAAACAAGUAGAGCUGCAGAAAAAAAUACAACGUUCCAAUCUAUUGAACCAGUCAAGACUAAAGUUACUUAAAGCUCAAGAUGAUCAAGUCAAGGGGAUUCAAGAAGAAUGUGGUGAAAAAUUAGGGACAGUAACACAAGACCCCAGCAAAUACAAACAGGUUCUGAAGGGUCUUAUUUCACAGGGACUAUUUCAAUUACUUGAAUCUAAAGUCACCAUAAGAUGCCGUCAGAAAGACUUGGACUCAGUGAAGUCUGUUUUAGGAGAUGCUAUUGAGGACUAUAAAAACUCCACCAAGAAAUCCACUGAAGUUACAGUUGAUGAACAGAACUUCUUAUCACAAGAAUGUUCUGGUGGAGUUGAGCUUUUAGCAGCAGGUGGUAAGAUUAAAGUGGUAAACACACUUGAGAGCAGACUGGACAUGAUGAUGAGACAGAUGAUGCCUGAAAUAAGAGAAUUGGUGUUUGGACGUAAUAAAGGCAGACAUUUUAUGGAAUAGAUUGGCUAUGUAGAUGAUGUAUAUUGAAUCUUUGCUGUAAUGAAAAAUAUUACAUGGUAAUUAAUAAUGAUUUCAAAAAAUGAAGUUAGAGUAUUAAACUCACCAGAGGUUUCCAAAUAGACCUUUUUGCUAUAUAUGGGCUCCAUGCUGAAUUUUGAGGAACGUUAUGGGAUGUCAAUGCUUUGUUGUGCAGAAUAGUAAUGAUAAUUUCAUGCCCUAAAAAUUUUCCAGGCUUCAGUAUUUCAAUUGAUGAUUUAAAACAUUUAGUUGUGUCAUGUUUUUCAUAGCAUUUUAAAAGCCCUACUUUCUAUGAAUUUGUUGUUUAGACAUCCCUUGGCACCCAAUAGUUUCUUACUGAAUCGAUUACUUUAAAAAACAAUGAAAUUCAAGAAUUCAAGAUGGCAGCUGUAUUGGUAAAAUGGUCUAUUGCUGAACUAAAAACGUUUUGUAAUACAGCAUGCUAGGAUCAGUGGCGGAUCCAGGGGGGUUCCAUGGGUUCCUAGGAACCCCCCUCAAGC